AUGGUGCUCCCCACCCCUCCCCUCGAGUCGCUGAGGUCUCGCCGCGAGGGUCCCGUCUGCGCUCGGCUGAGCAACGCCGCCGCCUGCCGAGAGCUGAGCCGCUCGGGCUGCAGGAGGAGCAGGAGGAGGAAGGCUGGAGGCGAGGGGAGGAGAAAGCGGAGCGAGCGGGGACCGCCUCCUUCCAUCUUGUCCCCUCCUCGGCCGUGCGCGGAAGCCGGAGGCCCUGGGAGCUCCGAGGCUGCCGGCCGCGGCCCCGCCACCUCGUGGAGAUCGGCGCUCCUGAGACUCCCUGCCUGGAAGAGAAGGCAGAGCCAAGUUCUCUCCCUCUGCCGGCGCUUGCAGCGCCCUCGGACCCGUGCCUCCCGUGCCGCUCCCCUCUCUCCUCCUCCCUCCGGAUCUGGGUUCUCUUCCUCGCCCUUGCCUCCAGGCCGCUCUGUUUUGUCUCUGCCCCCUUCCCGUCACUCUGGUCUCUUCUCCCCUUCCCUCUGUGCCCCUCUCCGUUUCCCGCAUCUCUUUAAUUUUCUUUCCCUUGCUCUCUCUUCUGUCCCCAUUUCUUCCUCUCAGUCCUCUCUCGUCUCUCUAUGCAUUUCUGCCUCCGUUUUCCCGUUCUUUGGGGUUCUUAGAAGUGAAGGUGGCCCAGUGGCAAGAGUGCCUCCCUUCCUAAUGUUUCUCGAUAGGGACUAGAUUUGGCAUCUGAGCUCCGCUCUCAAUUUAAUUGCUCCAACUCAAGAGUUUUAGAAAAAUGGAGUCCUUAAUCUUGAAGUUCGGGAUGUGUUUUCAAAUCCGUGGUCUUUCAAGGUUUUGCAAACCUUUUCCCCAACGUCUGUCCCCAUCCCGAGAGGGUCCAGAGCUUUCUGUAGGUCCCCGGCCCAAAAAAGGUUAAGAAUAGUUCUUGGCAGCUAGAGGGGGCGGGGACUUCAGCGCCCAGGCUGCCCCGGGUUUAGGACGGGGCGGUGGGGGAUGGGGAGUAGAGGGAAGAGUCGUGGACCCCUAAGGGAAGCACUAGUCCCCGGAGAGAUUUUUUCAUUCACUUCCUGCUUUUUUGCCAGAGAGAUGCUUGGAGCGGCUCAAAGCUGAUGCUUCUAGCUACACCUACCCUCACGUUGGCAUACACAUUUGAAAGUCAGAAAUUAUUGCCAGAGAGGGAGGGAGGGAGAG